AUGAGUGUCUCUCAGCCAAGUGAGGGCUUCCCUGUGAGAGGGAAAAGUGGAUCCACCAUGAGGCUCCCUCUUCACAGUGCAGGAGAAAACAAUGGGAAUGCUUUCCCAAUUUCCUCUUCCUCCUCCUCCUCCUCCUCCUGUCCGGAGGAGUCAUCUCCUGAGUCACUGUGGAGUCUAAGCAGCCUCAGUGGGGGCCGGAUCGACAGCCCACUGGACUGUGACAUGUUUGAGGUCACCCUGAUGACAACGAUGAUGACCAAAAUGGACAAAAUGAGAGGUGCCAUUUCGACAUGGGUGCCGGAGGAGGAAAGUAAACUCGAUGAUAAUGAUGGCGUCUCAGUGGAAAAGAUACAAACAGCAACAGUGCUAAGCGAAUCCAAUGACAACUCAGUGUCGGUUUACCUAGAUGCCAACAGUGCUGAAUACCACCAAGACACCUGGAGUGACAAUGACAACCUGACACUGGCCCUGUCCCUGACACCCAACAGCAGUAGCCAUGGAAGCAAUGAUGUCUUCAGCAGUGGAAGUGGUUAUAAAAGAAGGCACGGCUGCUCAACUCCAGAUUCAGACACAACAGAAAUCCCUGCCGCUGCUGAUGACGAUGAUGAUGACGAAGACAAGUCUUUGUUUCUGUCUGUGAGCUCUGACACAUCCGUGCGGAGAAGAAGCAUGACCCUCGCACAAUCCAGUGACAGCCUCAUCAACCCAGGUCACUCUGCUGUCAGUACUGAGUUCCAGACAGCUCUGAGCGUGGCUGAUGAUGUGAGGUCAGAGCUGCAUGCUGCUGCUGAGGACUUCAGUGAAAACAAUCAGAUAUCAUCUUCUUUUCCUCCACCUGAGGAAGUUGGCCUCAAACCUCACACCAGUCAGCCAGCCAGAGCAGCAAAAACCAGAUCAGCCACUGCUACUUCAACUGCUCUCAAGACAGUGGUGUCCACAGCCGUCAAAACAUCCAGUCUGGAGGCAAAGAGGUUUCCCAAACUGGACCUAAAAAAUAUCAAGGCUAAAGUCGGAUCACGACCCACCCUAUCACCACCCAUCCAGGUAUUGUAAUGUUACUGAAAAGCUUUCAUGUAUCAAGUAUUUUACAGCUGUCUUAACAUUUAUAAUUCCUCUUCUCCUCAACAGAACAAAUCUGUUCCAGCCAAUGGAAAGAGAGCUGUUCCCAGAAAGGAGGACGCACAGACUGGGGAUCGGGUUAAAAAACAAAGAUCAUCUGCCGGUCCAGUCAAAGUAGCCGUGGUGCUGACGCCCAUAGGAGGAAAGAGUAGUAACCUCAAAACUAACCACAAGACAGCAGCCAAUGAUGGUCCCAGGAAUGAUGUCCAGGAAGUUCCUAAACAUGAAGCAACUGAGUGUGUGGAGACUCCACAUCCGAGUGAAGAUGCUCAUGAAGAGUCUGUGGAGGACCAAAAGGAGGGUACUGGAAAUGCUUUAAUGACAGAGGUCACUGUGGAUGAACCAAGGAAUCCUGGCAAGAAAGUCUCCUCCAAGCUGGGGCCCAAUACUAGGCAGCAGAGGAGAGGCAUCAGAGCAGAUAAGGGCCCCGCUGGACCGGCUCCACCUACAGGGUCAGGGACUAAACUUCCAGGGCAGGGGAGCCCUGGGCCCAGGCAAACCCAGAGUGAUGGCUCCACACUGAGAGAGGACAGACAGAGCGCUGGGGGUGGAUCUCCAACGAGAGCGAGGCAGAGCCAAAAUCAGUGCCAGGGUAUCCCCAAACCUCGCACCGCCACCGAAAGAGCAUUUCCAUUGGCUGCCCUGAGUCCUGCAACCUCAAACUCCAAACCAACAGCCAAUCAGCAGCCAGUAUCAGGGUCAGUUGGACGACCCGCACCGCCUACUCCAUCAAAACUUCCUGUUAAGGGAUUACCCACAAGCCUCAGCUCCUCACCCCUGGGAAACAAUGAGAACAAUGGAGCCACAAGCAAAGCAUCUCCAGGAUCCCCAGCACCAACAGGGACCAAGCCAGAUGAGCAGUACAGCAGAAGCACACUUCCUGUGGGCAGCCAGUGCACAGCAAAGCCCCUCACUGCAGCUACCACCAGCACCAGUGUUCCCAGUGACACAGUUACCAGUGCUAACAGUGGUGUCACUGCUGCUCCAAAGCCUCCUGCAAUGAGGAGCAGGGCUCUAUCACUGCAGGGCAGGUCCACCGCUACAAGUCUGAAGACCCCGACAGUCACCAACCACAACACAGCCAAGACAGCAGCCGCCAAUCAAACCACAGCAAACACAGCCCCUACCGUGAAUCACCUGGCGAAGCAGACAUCCCAGUAUCUCUUGCAAAGAAGUGGCUCAGCAAGACUCAGUCGACUGCACAGCACAGUGGACAAAAACAAGCCUCGGGAGCCACCGGCAAGACCCACAAACACCAACAGUAACUCGCAGGCAGCAGCACCUGCAGGAGGAAACAGCCAGAACCAGCAGCAACCUCCACCCGACCUGGUACCUGACCUGGUGAAUGCUAAUGUCUCAGCGCCUGCCACUGAUACCACCAACACUGGGUCAGGCACCACUGGAGCCUCCGGUCUUGGGUUCAAAGCAAGACCAGGGUCACGAUCCAGCACCAAAACUGGAUACCGCCUACAGAACGCCCCCAAGCCCGGUGCAGCCGAGGCUGUUGUGGCAGAUGGGACGGUCACAACAAAGCAGAACCAGAGCAAAGAGCAGGCGGAGAAGAAGAACCAGGCCAUCAACCAGCUGAGGAAGCUGCUCGUCCAGGGGAAUAAGAGAGUGGAGGCUCUGGCUACAGUCAUUCAACAUCUCUUCACUGAGUGCGAGGAGGCCGUGAAGCAGAAAAAGGAGUUGUCGCUGGAACUGGCAAACCUCCGAGAUGAGCUGGUCACAUCAUCACAGUGCUGCAAGCAUCUGCAGAAGGAGAAGGAGGAGGUGCGUGUCAGCUUGGAGGAGACCUUGAAGAGGCUAGAGGAGCAGCACAAGGAGGAGCUGGUGCAGCUGGAGGACAGAUUGAGGAGUUUUUACCAAACAGAGUGGGACAAAGUCCACCAGACAUACCAGGAGGAGGCUGACAAAUGCCGCAUGUUGAUGGAAAAGCAGGUGGAGGAGCUGAGGAGCCGACAGGAAGCAGAGAGGAAGAACCAGGAAGUGAGUCACAGCCAAAAGAUGGAGUCUCUCAAACUGCAGUAUGAGACCUCUAUACAAGAGCUGAAGAUGAUCCAGCAGACAGACCUGGAAAGCCUGGAGAAAACACUGAAGGAGACUGAAACAUCUCUCUCUGAGAAAGUGUCUGAGCUGUCAGCAGAGAAGGAAGCUCUGAAUGAGAAGCUAAACGCAGAGGAAGAGAGGAGGAGGCGCAUACUCAGUGACAAGAAUAUGAAGGACUCCCACACAGUGUACCUGGAGCAGGAGCUGGAGAGUCUCAAGGUGGUGCUGGAGAUCAAGAACAACCAGCUGCACCAGAAGGAGAAGAAGCUCAUGGAGAUGGACAAGCUGGUGGAGAUGAAUGUGAAACUGGAGGAGUGUCUGAAGAAGGUCCAACAGGAGAAUGAGGACUACAAGGCCAGGAUGGACAAACAAGCUGCGCUGUCCAAACAGCUGUCCAGUGAACAGGCCAUACUCCAACAGACACUGCAGAAAGAGUCCAAGGUCAACAAGCGUCUGUCCAUGGAGAACGAAGAGCUGCUGUGGAAGCUGCACAACGGCGACCUGCUGGCGAGCCCCCGCCGCCUCUCACCCACCUCACCCUUCAACUCACCACGGAACUCUGCCUCUUUCCCCACAACUGCACCUUUAUCGCCCAGAUAGCCCCAACAACACUCAACAACCUCUUCCUCUCCUCUAACCUCCGACUCUCCUCAUCAACUUUUUACGCCUGACAAAGAUGGAAGCUGUUCCAAAUACAGAGACAGACUUCAGUCACUGCAGCUCAGUCACUGCAGUGUUGCUGGAUAUUAGUGACUGCUACGUUUGGAACAAAUAGCAUUAAAGAAGCUCAUUUUGACAGCAAAAAGACAUUGCUGUGGCUCCGAUGCACUUAAGUUUGAGCAAGGGACUGGCCUCGCACUCUAUCAGUCUCUGUCAAAUGACUGUUUCAAAAAACUUUUCUUCUUUUUCCGAAGAAUACCUAAAUAACAGGCACACCUCAGGGUCUGUAAAUAAUGCCUCACUUUUAUUUUGACUAUCCUUACCCUUUUUCUUUCGUUCAGCUCAUCCUGUUCUUUUAUAGCCCUCUUUUUUUUAAAGGGGUAGAUUUGUGGCAUGAGGAGAUUUGUGGAAACAGAUUCAAAGUUGUUUGGGUUUGGUAAAUCCUAAAAUGACAAGUACUUCUUGGUUUAUUAGGAGGAAUUAUUUUACCUUUUUCAUUCUUUUAUAAAGGACAUUUUUCUCCCAAAAAAGUGAACCUCAAUCUUUGGACCUCUGGAAGAAGUGCAUACUCCAUCUGUGGGUCAACAAUGGAUAUCGGUUCCUCCAUGUGAGCUCCUCACAACCUCUACCUUAAUCUACUAUGUGGAAUGUAAUCACCCUUGGAUGUCAAAUCUGAGCACGCCAGUUCAGAGAUACACAUGCACGCACACCAUCUCAGAGCCAAAUAUGCAGUUUAUUUAACAAGAACAUUGUUGGCCAGAAGUGUGUCACUUUUUCCCUUAACUUAUUAACAAAGGGAUACGACAACCCCACAUCUCUAAAAUCAUCUUGUGCCCAAACAGAAAUCUGAGCCAGCAACUGAUCCAUUAUUUCAGUCUUGUUUGGGUCACAUAUACAAUCACCAGGAUCACGCCAAUGAUGAUUUCCACAGAGGAAACUUCCAGGCUGUCCUUAACUAAAAGCCUCUGGCCUCUGUUUUACUAAAUCCUAGAAAUGUCACUUUGUGUGUCUGGUAUUUGUCCUGAAAAACCUCGGAUGUACCCAAUUGCCUGCUUUAUUUUGGACACAGAAUAAAGACAAUAUGAUACAAGAUUUAAAGCAACAUAGUUUUGUUUUUUUAUUAUUAGUAUAAAUGCAAUGGUAUACAUUUUUGAAAAAGUUAUAUAUACAGGAAUACAGGAAAGGCUUGAGUGAGAUGACACUGAUUUUAUCCAAUUUGUACCCUGUAAUGGAUGUGAGUUAAGUCAAAUAUUUAAAACACUUUUUUUUAGCUCCAGUCAGGAGAUACAUGUUGCAUCCACGCUUGCUCUCAACCUAUCGGCCAUGAGGAGGAUAAAGGACAUCGCUUGCUGCUUUGCUGGGGUCCAGUUGUACUGGUAACUGGGGGAUGACUGGUGGUGGAUGCUCGAGGUCAGCGGCUCGUACCAUCAUGGUCACAGAUUUGAUGGAGUACCACCAACCAUGCCAAGUAUACCACACCACCCCAUCAUCAGUCAUGGCUUGGUACGGUCCUUUGUAGUAAUGACCAUUCAGGUUGCCUGAAUCACACCUGUGAGGAGGAAGUAAAAGACAAAUUGGCACAAUAGACAAACACUUGCCCUGUAGUAACAGCGGUAUAUAUAUGUGUGUGUGUGUGUGUGUGUGUGUGUACACAGUGUAUAUUUUGCCAUAUUGAACUUUACUCCCUUGUUAAUUUGCACAUAAUAAGCGCCACAUUGAAUUUAAUGUAUUUUUGUAUUACCUGCUAAACCACCAGCCGGACCUGGUGUGUCUGAUACACGUGGCGUCAUCAUUUCCAGCGCUGUCAUCAUUCUGCCGGUCGUACGUGCUGAAUUUGACCAAGUGCGACUCCAAGCCUGGACUGGUCCACUUCAGCCCAGUAGAAGGAGGGCUGUGGAU